AUGCUCCCGACCCUGAGCCGGUCUCUCGCAAGAAAGCGUCCCCCGCAGGCCCAGAGGUUGCACCCACCCGCUUUGGGCUCAGACCCCUUGGAUGCCGCUAGCCAAGCAGGAAAGCCAGGGGACCGAACCGAGCUGCCUGGGAGAACCGAGUGGACCCCGGAUCGGCGCGGGGGGCCGCGGGCCCGGGACGUCAUCUGCUCCGAGCCAAGCAGCUCGGGGCCGGCCGGCGGCAGGAAAGAUGCUGCGCCGCCGCACACCUGCGGGAGCCUCCCGCGCGCUCCCACCCGUCUCGGGCGCCCGAGCUCGGCCGCGCUAGGCCGGUGCGACGCGGCGCCGCGCCCGCCCGAGGCUGCGCUGGGCGAGGCCGCCCUCCUCCCGGAUCCCGUCCAAACGGCGUCACCUGUGCCGGGUCCCGGGACGACUCCCGCGGGCGGCGGCUGCGCGGGGCCGGGAGAGCGCAGCGGGACUCACAGGCGCCUGGUCAUCCAGCCCGGCCUGAGGGCUGCGCCGGCCGGAGCCACGCGCGAGAUGCUCGCGGGAAGCCGGGGGAGCCCGGAGGAGCUGUCGCCGAGGCUCGCGCCGCCGCUGCCGCCGCGCCCGCCCGGACUGCGGGCUCGGGUUACCGCAGAGCGGCUCCUUAAAGGGGCCGCGGCCGCUCGGACUGGGCUGGCUCUCGCCGCGGCUCCGACCCCAGGCCAGAGUGGGCGGGGCCCGGAGGCCGCGCGUGGGGCCCACCUCCGGGCGCUGGGACUUGGAUCGCGGCGGGGGCUCGGAGCCGCGAGCUUCGGCGGUGGCCUGCGAUGGAACCUUGAGAGCUCACACCUCGGCCCGGGUGCAGUGUGCGGUACGCGGGCUUUCCCGGCAAGUCACAGACCUCACGAGUGGGGAGAACUAUGAAGAAACUAUUUGAAGAUAUUAAGAAAUGUUGUCCCUGUAGGGGUAAAAUUCUGGCUCCGGGCAUCAUUGACUGACAGCUUGUCACAGUAUUUGAGGAUCUAGCUCUUUCUACAACACCACUGCCACCGCUUCCCAAAACACCUGCCCCGCCCUUGCUCCCAAAUUAGCCUCAUCACAAUCAAUAAACAGUAAUUAGGGUUUACAUCAUCCUGACCAGGUGAACAGAACUCAUUGCCAAGUCAAGUACUGUGCAUGAUAACAUUUUUCUAGAACACCCUCCUUGGGGGGAGGGAGGGGAGUUAAUAACUGGCCUGGCUCUUUUGGCUUUUUAGAACAUGUAUCUAACCUAAAGGAUAUCCUUUUUUUAAAAAAAAAAAAAAAAAACAUAUCCAUCAAAUACCCAUCAGUAACAUCCCCCAACACCCAAGCAUGUCACUUUGACUCGACCCUCAUUUUGCUGAAGCGCCAACUCAGCACCUCCUUCAGAGGCAUACACAGAAAGCAUAGAGUCUGGAAAAAUGUCUUAUUUCCUGUUCUCCCAGUGGUGCUGAAACAGCUGAGACCUCCACAGUCCCUCCAGUGCCUCUCUGAAUUCUCUCUUCCUAGAUGGUCUCACUAUGUUUGAAAGCCUGAAUCAUCCCAAAAAUAUAUCUUAGAAAGAGUCUGGGUUUUUAUUUCAUUGAUUAUUCUGAACACUAAGGGAUUUUUAUCUUAGCUACACUUUUUAGUUUUUAUUCCCCUCCCCCUUUGGUGAAUUCUUGGUAGUAGCAUAUUAGCAUGUCUAUUUUGUUCUCUAAAUUUAUUGCCCUUUCAUCCACUUCUGAAUCCAGCACUCACUUAAAAAGCUGAGUGUGCUGGCACACCUGCAACCUCAGGAGGAGGCGAUCAGAGGGGCAAGAUGGCUCCAGGGGCUCACUGGCUACCUGUGAGCCAAAAAGGCAAGCUCCUGCUUCAGUAAGAGACGCCGUCUCAAAAAGGAAGCGAGGCAGAGAACAGCAAAGAGAAGCAAGUUCGACCUGACCUCUGACUCCGUAUGCACGUACACAGGUGAACACACCUACACACAGAGGUAACAUGCACACUCAUAUACAAAGUGUUCUACUCGAUCCACCUUCACCUCCUAUGUCUCAGUUAGUUAGC